AUGGACGGGAAACCGGUCAGUGACGAGGAAUCUGAUUCAGUGGAAGAAAUAAUCACAGUUCGGCAGCUGCCCACACCUCGUUUGUUGACGUUCCAGCAACAUGGCUGGGGAGGGAAGGACGGCAACAAUAGUGCCACAGUGAACAACAAAGAUGAGCAAGGCACUUCACGAGACACCUCUCAUUAUAACCAGUCUGCCACAUCAGUGUUUCCAGCUAUCAUUCCUCUGAAUGUCGGCGGCCAUUUGUACAUGACCCGCUUAUCAACACUUCUGAAAUUCUCAGACUCCAUGUUGGCAGCCAUGUUCAGCGGCCGUCACCAGAUCGACAAAGACAAAGAUGGCAACUUUUUCCUUGACAGCAACGGUUCCGUCUUUGGUCACAUUUUGGAGUACCUACGCUACGGGACACUGCCACAAAAUGAGAUGGCGUAUCUAGUUUUCCGAGAUGCCAAUUACUUUGGACUCCAUGCCCUUGUGGACAAGCUGCAGCUGAAGCCAGAGAUUGCCGCCCUGGCCGUCAAGGAAGCGCAGAGAGCACAGUUUCCAGACUAUGCUGCAAUCAAAGAUGAGGUGAUCAAAGCUGCUAUGGCCAGGGCAACUGUCAGUCGAAUUGGCGAUGUUUAUAUCUAUGCAUUCCGCAAAGACUUCAAGCCUAAAGUUGCCACAUUCAACCCUAAACAUGAAUGUAUUGUAGAAAGUGCCCAGGUCACCAUUGGUCCAUGGGAUGCUCCAGCCGAUGAGGAUACGUUUAUUAGAUGCCUUGAGAGUGACUUGGUGGAAGAUGGGUUUACUCUGCGACCACAUGAAGGGAAAAAGAAGUGUAAAUAUUACUUUGGUCAAAGUUGUCAAAAAUGCAUAUAUAAGAUAACUAUUAUAUUUGAUUAG